AUGGUUGUUCAUCACUGUAAUUCGGAUGCAGGAUUUCAUGAAUUUUUGGCAAAUGCUGGCGCAAAACCUGUUAUUGUUGAUUUUUAUGCAAUCUGGUGUGGACCAUGUCGACGAAUAGCACCAAUAUUUGAGCAACUUUCCAAUCAAUAUUUAAAUGUUGCAUUUCUUAAAGUUGACGUUGAUAAGGCAAAAGAUCUAUCGACACUUCAGGGAGUUACUGCAAUGCCUACAUUCAUUGUAUACAUGAAUAGGGUGAAAGUUGAUCUUUUGCGCGGUGGUGAUCCAAAUGCAUUAGAAGCAUUGGUAAAAAAAUGGUCCGAUAAUGCACCAAAAGAGGAUAGUUUGGUCGUGGGACAAACUGAUCUCAUAACAUUUGUUGAUAAAACACAAGUGGAAUGCUUAAAUGAAGAUGAUAAUGCAACAUUAAGGAGUCUACUUAAUGGUAAAGGUGUGCUUACAUCUGAUUGCGAUCCUCAGCUUAUCAUAUCAAUUCCAUUUAAUCAGCCAGUAAAAAUUCAUUCCAUUUAUUUGAAAGGUAGUGGUCCAUCAGCACCAAAAACAGUUAAAAUUUUUACAAACCUUGCAAGUAUCCUUGAUUUUGAUCGAGCAGCAGGUGCUGAAAGUGUGCAAACGAUCUCCUUUUCCGAAAAGGCCGUCGAAGGAGAGUUAUGUAAUCUGCGUUACGUGAAAUUUCAAAGCGUGAAAAAUAUACAGUUAUUUGUGGAAGAUAAUCAAGGCGGAACUGAAAAUACAACAAUUGAAGCUCUUCGCUUUUAUGGAACACCACUUUCUGCAACAAACAUGCAGGAUUUUAAACGAGUUUCUGGCAAAGUUGGUGAAGUGGGACACUGA